AUGCAGCCAAACAUUUGUGAUAUAUGCCAUAAUCCAUGCCUCUCUUAUCGAAAUGGAGGAUCUAUGUUUCUACGUUGUACUUUAUGCAAUUUAAGUUUUUCAAUUCGAAGAAGAUCCAUAUUUUCCCAAUCAAGACUCUCAAUAAGCAAGAUGGUUAGGUUAAUUUUCCAUUGUUUCGUCCGAGAACAGUCCAUGAUAACUAUUGUUGAAGACAGCGAAAUAUCAAAAGAUGCUGCUAUAAAGCUGUUUAAAAAGCUGAGAGCUUUAAUAAGUGAACAUGAGAUUGAAAAUUAUUUUACUGAUAAUCAGCUUGGAAUAGAAGAUGAAAAUGGGCAAGAUCAUCCAACUGUAGAACUUGAUGAAACUCAUAUUAUGACUAUGGAUCAUGAUCCCAAAUGGCUAUUCGGAAUUUUUGACAGAGGAGAGCAGAAGACUAUAGAUUUACUAUGUAGGCAACGAUAG